AUGGGUGUUAAAGAUCUAUGGUCCGUCCUGGCACCGUAUGCUGACAGGAAGCCUCUAAGUGAGUUACGAGGUAAAAAGGUUGCAAUUGACCUGGCUGGUUGGAUCUGCGAAAGUUUGAAUGUGGUUGAUUACUUUGUGCAUCCCAGACAUCAUUUGAAAAAUCUGUUUUUUCGAACAUGUUAUUUGAUAUGGGAAGACGUGACACCGGUGUUUGUCCUAGAAGGAGAGGCACCAAAAAUAAAAAGUCAAAUAAUUGCAAAACGCGCCGAGUUGCAAUUCCGUGGUACGAAGCCCACUCAAAACAAGAAAAUAGAGGCACACUCAGUUCAAAGCAAAGAAAAGGAUAAAGGACGCACGAGAUUUAACCAUGUGUUGAAGCAGUGUGAAAACUUGUUACAGUCAAUGGGUAUACAAUGUGUACAAGCUCCUGGCGAAGCUGAAGCAUAUUGUGCGUUUUUAAACAAAAAAGGGCUAGUUGAUGGCGUGAUUAGCCAGGAUUCGGAUUGCUUUGGUUAUGGGGCUAUACGAGUAUAUCGUAACUUUUCUGUUUCGACUCAGGGUGCACAAGCCGCUCAAGGAGGUGCAGUAGAUAUUUAUGAUAUGAAAGAAAUAAAAGAGAAAAUGGAUUUCGGCCAGCACAAAACCAUUGUUAUGGCCCUACUCUGUGGUUGUGAUUAUUGUCCAGAUGGUAUCGGCGGUAUUGGACGAGAUGGUGUUCUAAAAUUAUUUAAUAAAUACAAAGAGGUGGAAAUAAUAGAAAGAAUAAGAUCAUGGCGCCAUGAGGAUAGUAAAUAUACUGCAUUAGAAAUGCGUGUUGAUGAUAAAAUGAUUUGCGGCAAUUGUGGGCACAUGGGUCGUACACAGAGCCAUACAAAAAGCGGUUGUGGCGUUUGUCGCACUAGUAGCGGAUGCGAUGAAAGCCUCUGGAAAGAAGAACGUUUAUCCUUAAAAGCAGAGCUUUCGCUACGCAAAAAGGCUUUAAUAGAUCCCUCAUUUCCAUCGGAAGAAAUCAUCGCGGAAUUUCUUAAUGAGCCAAAAUCAGUACCAAAAUUGAAUUUAACCUGGCGUCAGCCUAAUGUAGUUAAAUUUGUGAAACAAAUCGGACAUCUUUUACAAUGGACGGAAAUUUACUGUUUCCAAAAAUUUCUUCCACUCUUAGCACGCUGGCAGGUACAGAAUAUGUCCAGAAUAACAGAACUAAAUGCAGUACCACAAAUAUCAAUAAAAGAAAUAGUAAAGAAGCGAACAGUACGGGGUGUCAUCAGUUUUGAAAUCAUUUGGCAGGACGAUAGAGGAUUUUUCAAUAACCUUAUACCAGAAAACCAACUCCAGGAUUUUGCGGAAGAAAAUCCAAAAGGUCUUACAGGUCUCUGGAGUACUGUAGAACCACUCUGUUUGGUUGAAAAUGCAUACCCGAUUAUUGUAACUGACUAUUUUAGAUCUAAAGAAAAACCGCCAAAAGCAGCAAAAGGUCGACGAAAAGCUAAAACUUCCCAAAAAUCAGCAUUAAGCUCAUUGGAAAAUCUCCACGACUUAAUUACUGUCACCGAAGAGGUAAAAAAAAAUAUCAAGGCAAGAUCAAAAACGCAAACUGUGCAUGGCAACAAAAGAGGCUUACAAAUGAUUGAUAAAUUUUUUAAGCAACAAAAUCGAACAACACCUAAUUCGCAAAUUGAACUUAACGCUACACCCAUUAAGCAUAAUUUGUAUAAAUUUGUGUUGUGCUCAACACCUGUAACUAAAUCAAUUCCAUCGGAUUUAGAUAGUGAUUGUGAUGAUUUAGAUAAUGAUAUUUCAGAUGUUGUAAAUGGUAUAGUACGUACUUCUAAUCGGUUUCCAAAAAUUACAACACACAACGGGCUUCCACUGCACUAUGAACCAGUUACAGAACAACUAAGUCUCUUACUCAGUGAUUGGAGCAUUAAAGAUGAUUUAGAUUUAAUAACACAAAAAAGAAAUUUGUCCAUAUGCUCCCAGAAAGCGCCGAAUUGCUCGCCCUUAACAAAACGUAUGUCACUAGACGAUAGUUUCGAUGCUUUAGUGAACUCGAAACGCCAUAAGCUACAGAACCUAACAGAAAAGGCGAAGAAACUAAAUUUAUUUCCCAGUUCAACAUCAUCGCCGAUAUUGAAAACGCAUUUAGACCGAUUCAAAGAGCAAAAUUCCCUACAUUCCUCGCCAUCAAUAAUGCAUCAACAAAGUCAAAUAAACAAAAUGGAAAAAAUGGAUGCUGUGUCACAGAAUGGAGAAACUGUAAAUGUUAGUUAUUUCUUUGAUAAAAGUAUUACUGGAAACGAUGAAUUCGAAAAGUUAAUGGAUUUGAGUUUAUUGAAAAAACCCACAGUGAAUGCAGAUUGUAACGCUCCAGUUGAUUACUUAAUUAUAAGCGAAAGCAGUGACGAUGAUUGUUGAUGGUGUGUUAAUAAAAUAAAUGUGAAUUUUUGUGUAAAUGGGAAGCCAUAUUUGCCAACCAUAAACAUAUUUUAUACAAUUAUUGCACACUCUGACUGACGCAACUUGAAAAAAUAGUUUUUUCCAUACAGAAAAAUGAAUAAUAUGAAUUUAAGUAUAGCACAUGGUAUUAGUUAAGUAUAUUAAUAUAAAUUUUUUCUGCUAAUAAGCUUCGUACACUUUUCUUACUAGCCUGUUUACCUAUAAAUAAAUAAAUAAUGUAUAAUAUAUUAUAUCAAUAAAAAAUGAA